GCGAGCCUAGUUCAAGUGGCCGCUGGCUAGUGACUACAGCUGACUCCGAACUAGAACAGCUGAUUGGGACAUCUCGAUCAGAGUGUGAACCCAAGAACAGCGCAUAGAACGCAGAUUGAACUGGCUGAAGAAGUGAGUGAGUGGAGUCUCAAUUCCAGGCACACGUGAGACACGUGGCACACGUGGCACACCUCGUCCAUGUUGGGACGCAUUGGCCACGGAUUGGCAUGUUGAAGAAGCAGCCUGUUUAUCGACCGCGAGGGUUCUACUUGAAUAUGGCCGUGGUGAGCGCCAUCGGCGUGGGGAUCACCUAUUACGUGUGGAUGCCCCAGAUUGCCAAGACCCAGCGAGCCUCCCAAGGGCCCACCCGCUCAUCCCCCGCCGCCCCGUCGGUCCAGCCCAGGCAGUCUGAUCAGUGAAAUGGCCGCCAAACCCCUGAAAGGCUGGCGUUUCGCCGUGUUGGUGGGCGGUAUGGUGGGCGCUUUGGGCGCGGCUUGCUACCCCAUCAUCAUUGCGCCCAUGCAGAACCCCGAGCCGUGGCAGAAGAUUUCCCACGACAUUCGUCAAAAGCAUAACAUUAAACCCGAGGAUAUUCAACCCGGACACAUGAAGGUCUGGACUGAUCCCUUUGACCGUGAAGGCAAACCUGGGCAUAAGGCCCCCACCCACCCGGAUUCACCCCCCAAACCCACUGCUUAG